UGCAGUGUAAAGAUCGAGGAUCUGCAUCAUUCAGCAUCUGCGCGCUCAUCCUCUGAUUCACAGAAGACCACUGAGAGGAGCAGAACACACAUGUGCAUGCACACAAUCCUUCGUGUUAGUGUGUAAACGCAGUAUCUCUUUGCCUCUGGUGAUCGGAUGCGAUGCGCGCUUCAUUGAGGAGCGGCGGGUUCGCGCGAGCCCGUUGUUAUUAUUAAUCAGUUUUCAUAAGGCGCGUCUGUUAGACAGGUGUUUGGUUUGUUUCGACCACCUGCUCUGGUGCCAUGAUGUUAGGGCAAUCUCCACACCUCAUCGGAGGAAUCCUCUGGAUUCAGAACCCAAUGCGAGCUGUCCACUGCAAUCUGACCCAGAAUGGGAUUGACCAUCAGGUGUGCUCAGAGGAAGUGACAUCACAGCGGGAGGAAGUUUGUGUUGAUCAUGGACUGGAUGAGGACAGUCUGGAUUUUCUGGAGCAGAGUCCUGGUUUCCAGCGGCGGUCUCCGCCUCAGCGCUCCGUCUCCGAAUCCGAGCUGUCCCGGCCGGGAACGGUGAAGCUGUCGAAGCCGGUGGCUCUGUGGACGCAGCAGGACGUGUGUAAGUGGCUGAAGAAGCACUGUCCCAAUCAACACCAGGUGUACAGCGACUCCUUCAAGCUGCACGACAUCACCGGUCGAGCGCUGAUGAGGCUCACCGACAGAAAGCUGGAGCGGAUGGGAAUAAUGCAGGAGAGUCAGAGACAGUUCAUCCUCCAGCAGGUCCUGCAGCUCCGCGUCAGAGAAGAAGUCCGAACCCUGCAGCUGCUCACACAAGCCUCUCUGGAGAGUUCGCCGUAACUCGAGCGUUCCCGGAGAUCCUGCGUUCCCGGUCCAUCUUCCAUACCGUCCACGUUCAGCCCCUGCUGUCUUCCUUACUCUCUAUCCAGCGGAUCUAUACCUCCCACUGAUCGAAACUGAGCUUCAGUGGCUCUUUACAGCAAACACAACCUCGAACAAUCGUCUGGACUGUUGAUGUUCACUUUUGGACGAUGUGAAAGACUUGAUGCUGAAUUGUGUGGUUUGUUGUAAUUCUGAAGUGUAGCACUUUAACUUCUAUUCCUGCCAGCGCACAGCCUGUUAGCAAACCUAUCUAUCUGUCUUUCUGUCUGUCAUCUAUCUGUCUGUCUGUCUAUCUAUCUAUCUAUCUGUCUGUCUGUCUGUCUGUCUAUAUGCCUAAACAAGCUAUCUUUCUCUCUAUCUCUUCACAUGUAAACCUAUACAAUAGUGACAUGAGGACUCCACCCUUUGCACGUCUGAAUACUUCUUGUCUCUUCCUCUCUCUCUCUCUUGUGUCUGCCGUCUCUUAGUUUAAUGUAAGAUGUCUGGUCGACUUGCUUGGUUAGUUGUCUCUUUGUCUCUGUAUGUCCCUGAGCUUGAAUUCCCUCGUCAUCCAUCAAAAGCAAGAGCCCGUGAUUACGAAUUCCGCCGACUGAAGUGCACUGUGACUGUGACCAGGUCUCUUAAAAAGACAAGCCCACCCUUCGACAGGGAUCUGCGUUUCACCCCAAAUCCUUCUUUCAUCGCCGGACCAAAUGCAUUAUACCCUCAUCUCUUGAUCUGGAGCCAAUCUUGGGUUUGACUCAUGGUCGAAUUCAAUUAGAAGGAAGGAUGAAGCAACUGAGCUCGAAGCUGUGAAAUGGAGAAACGAGAAAGAAGAAGAAAAAUAGACGAUAUGACUCUGUGAAGUCUCAUCCUGCCAUUGGGAAAGACAAGGAAAGGAAGAAAAUGUACUUUUAGGCAUUAUUGAAAUGUGUACAAGCGAGACUGAGCAUUAUUUUGGAGAAAAAUGUCCCAUUCACUGUAUCUUUUUGAAUAGAGAUCCUCACAAAGGCAUCACUGUUAAUACGACAUGGCCAUUCACUGUUACCUUUUUAACCUGGAAGCACAUGAAAGUUCUGAAUCAAACGAACUGUCUUUGUACCCUUUGAUCAUUGUCACCUUUGUAUCAAACAAGAGCCUCAGGCAUCAACAAGACUUCUCAACACUAAGAGACUUGCCUGGAUUGUAGCAUGACUCCGCAAUAUCACACACCUUCCUCAAAGGCCUCGACGCGGUCGCAAACACCGAUCCAUGACAGCGAAGACCCGACAUUGAUUAACCAGAGAUGUUUUGAGGGCUACAGUAAUAGGCUACACGCUGUCCGGCCAUGCCUAUGAUGGAAGGUCUAUCUUACAAGACGCAUUCAAGAUCCAAAAAAUUGAGUGGUAUCGAUUAGACCUCGUCGAUUACGUCUCAUAUUGGCUCUUGUCUGGCUCACAGGAUGGAGUCAAUACUGGGAAUCUGGGGAAAAGCAUGUUCCAAUUAAAAACUAGCUACCAUUUCAUGCCUUUGUGGGGCCUUUUCCUUCGAGAGGGCUUGUGAAGAACUUGUGAAGGGCUGAGAGGAUGGAAACCGAAAUGAUCAUUGGUUUUGUAGCUGCUAAACUGGUAUAGAUAUCAGUGUGGUUCAAAGUGAGUUUGUCUUGAUGAGCCACAAAAUUAAACGAGCAACUCGUGUGGAUUAGAUUAUGAGAUGUGAGAUGUUUUUGAUUUGAACUUUGAGACCAUCUCAUGGUACAUUAACCACAGAGUUCAAGUCAAUUCAACAAAAACUCAAUAGCAUCAUACUGUCGAUUCGUUCACCUUAUAGGGCGUUUUUGUUAUUUACUAGAAUAGGAAUUAUUAAUUUAAUUAUUUUUUUUAAUCACAUUUUAUAGCAUAUACUAGGGCUGUACAAUAUAGUAAAACUCUUUGAUAAUCACAUAAAAAAGACUUACUUUAAAAUAUAUAUAAUGAAUUUUGAUGUUAGGAUAAAAAAAAGUGAUUCAGUCGUUCUCAGAGUCUUCAAGUAACAAAAAAGGCAAACACUAAGAAUCCUUUUUGAUCUUCAAGACGCUUAGAAAAACAAAAACUAAUGCACAAAUGUCGAAGGAUAAUUAAUGAAUAGACAUUCCCUUCCUGCUCUUUUAUUAGCGAGGUUUGCCUUUAGAUCCAUAGACUCCGGGAAGAGAAUCAGACUGAUGUUAGAUGCGCUUCCCUCUAGUUUUAUCUGAAAUAAUAUAAACACAUCGAACAGCUGAAUUUAGUGGAUUAUUAUGCACUGAAGUUGUUGACUUUAGCUUUUAUCGGCUCUGAACAAGAUGCACACAAAUCAAGUGAACGUUAGCCUCAAAUGCACAAACUACUCAUGGAUACGCUAACAGAAGUAUAUGUUUAUUUUCUUGCGGUAUUGCUAUAUUGAUGCAUUCACUAUAUUCACUUACACACACCCAUGUAAAUGCAUAAAGCUGUUUGCAUUAAUCUGAAUAAUAUUAUUUACACCCGUAAAUUAUUUUUGACAUUAUGGGAGCAUGUUUUCUAUUGUUCUUGUUCAUGUUUUUAAUUCAGCAGGCAUGCAGACUAAACUAUCAGAGCCCUUUCUUUCCAUAUAGUGUGCCUACUCAAUAUGAACAUGUUAAUAUUCAAAUAAACAUAUUAAUAUAACAAGGCUAUUCUUUGUGUCUU